GUGUCAAAAGAUGCACCAAUUACUGGAACGUUGCCUACAUUUUAGAAAUGGCCCUUAUUUUCAAAAUGGCGGCGUCCAUGGCAGAACGCAUGGAGACCACCGGUGAAGGAGAAAGUGCGCGUGAAGUGGGAAUGCAUAACACAGAUACAAAACCACCGUGCUUAAUAGUGCUGGGAAUGGCAGGGUCUGGAAAGACAACCUUUGUUCAGAGGAUCACAGCUCACUUGUAUGCAAAGAAGCAGCCACCGUACGUCAUCAAUUUAGAUCCUGCAGUCCAUGAAGUAAGCUUUCCUGCAAACAUAGAUAUUCGUGACACAGUCAAGUACAAGGAGGUGAUGAAGCAGUACGGACUGGGCCCCAACGGAGGAAUCAUGACCUCGCUCAAUCUGUUUGCCACACGCUUUGACCAAGUCAUGGAGUACGUGGAGAAACGUAGCCAAGAAACAAAGUAUGUUAUUGUUGACACUCCAGGCCAGAUUGAGGUGUUUACAUGGUCCGCUUCGGGAGCUAUCAUCUCAGAAACAAUGGCGGCAUCCUUUCCAACGGUGAUCGUUUACGUGAUGGACACGGCACGCAGCGUCAACCCAGUCACCUUUAUGUCCAAUAUGCUGUAUGCCUGCAGCAUUCUAUACAAGUACAAACUUCCCUUCGUAGUUGUCAUGAACAAGAUCGACAUCGUGGACAAUGAGUUUGCCCUGGAGUGGAUGCACGACUUUGAAGCGUUCCAAGACGCGUUGAAUCAGGAGACGUCCUACACAUCCAACCUGACCCGAUCCAUGAGCCUUGUUCUGGAUGAGUUCUACCAAAACCUCAGAGCUGUGGGUGUCUCUGCAGUGACUGGACAAGGACUGGACGCAUUCUUUAAAGCCGUCGAUGAGGCAGUUAAUGAAUAUGAAACGGAAUACAAGCCAGAAUAUGAAAGGAUCAAGAGAGAACAGAUUGAAGCGGAAGAAAAGAAGAAACAAAAGCAGUUGGAGAGAUUAAAGAGGGAUAAGGGCAAAGGUCAAAGUGUCACGCUGCCUGGGUCACCCGCUGCCAUGGCAACAGAUACAGGUGACGCGAUGAGGUCACCUGUUGCACUUGGUCUCGGCAUCCAAGACGAUGACGAUGAUGAAGAUGAAGAUGACAAAGAUGAAGAGGAAGAGUUAAGAGAGGCGGAGUCAUUCCGGAGGUUUCUGCAGAGCCAGGGUGCUCAUCAAUCCAGCCAACGUGAGGGGGACGGUAAACCAGGAACUUGACACACAGACACUCACUAUACCAAGUUCUGCAGGACUGACUUGAGAUUGUAUUGAGCCCGCUGGAAAAAGAACAGCAUCUUGCACUUGAGGUUUGCUUCAGUUUUCCAAUGACCUACCUUUCUGCUCCACCAUAUUCUUCAAGCCAGAGGGCCACGCAUAUACCUACAGGAAGCACAGGUCCACCUGGGAAAAGAACAGCCAUUAACUUUAAACAACUCCAUCUGGAGGUAAAAAAGCCAUCUACAAAAAAAACUGUAUAAUCCAAUGAUCACAUUUUCUGAUCAUCAGUUGUUGACUUUUGGUACAAUGACCUAGUUGAAUGUUUUUGUUUGUUUGUUUACAUUUGCUUGUUACUUCCCGUCUUAACAGAAAUACUGAAAUUACAAUACUGAAACUCCAUGGUAGUGAGAUAACAGGCAUGUCACUUUUCCUCGGAUCGGCUGAUUUCCUCAUUUUUUAAUUUCACACUUAUUCCAUUAAAAAUGAAAAAAACUGUUUAAAACUUGGAGUAGGCUCUCUUUUUGUUACUUGCCAGUUGCAUGCCCAAGUUAAGUGUGGUAAAUAGACUUGCUUAGCGCUUCUAACUUGGUUUUAGUGGUACUAGGUCCCCUUUAUAGUGUUGGACAAGUUAUCAAAGAGUUUGUGGCAACUGUGGAUAUUC